GGGUAAAAGGGGUGGAUUUUUAUAUCCGAAUGCACGCUCUCCAUUCAGAGCUGCAUGGACUCAAAUUUGCGGGCCCCUGGAUUAGUCCGCACGGAGUUUCUGCAGGAGUCUCGAGCUUCACCGUCCACCAUUCUGGACUAAAUGCUUCAUGCCCGUCACUAGGAGAAAACACUAAAUUCAAGCGCUUUCUCUUCUGCUCCUGAAACGCCGCAUGUCUGCAGUUUAGACAUGAUCCUGUCGGCGGAUUCAAGGACUUUACUGCUAUUUGUGGCAACACUAGUCGCAUUUUUGGCCGUUGUCAAAUGCCAAGAGGAGGAUGACCAAGACCCAGGCAGCUGUACGCAGGACGGCCAGUUCUAUAGGGACAAGGACGUGUGGAAACCAGAGCCGUGUCGCAUUUGCGUUUGCGACACCGGUGCGGUCCUGUGCGACGAAAUCAUCUGCGAGGAGCUGAAAGAUUGUCCCAAACCCGAGAUCCCAUUUGGGGAGUGCUGUCCAGUCUGUGCCGCUGACCAGCCUUCUUCCCCUGGCUUGCCAGGUGCUAAGGGACAAAAAGGGGAACCAGGAGACAUAACAGAUGUUGUGGGACCAAGGGGACCAGCUGGUCCUAUGGGACCACCAGGAGAACAAGGGCCGCGAGGAGAUAGAGGAGAGAAGGGGGAGAAGGGAAGUCCAGGUCCCCGUGGGAGAGAUGGUGAGCCUGGGACCCCUGGAAACCCCGGCCCUCCUGGUCCGCCCGGGCCAAACGGACCUCCAGGCCUUGGUGGAAACUUUGCUGCUCAGAUGUCUGGUGGAUUUGAUGACAAAGCUGGAGGUGCACAGAUGGGAGUGAUGCAAGGACCAAUGGGUCCGAUGGGUCCACGAGGACCACCAGGCCCCAACGGAGCUCCUGGCCCACAAGGAUUUCAAGGCAACCCUGGAGAAGCAGGAGAGCCUGGAUCAGCCGGCCCAUUGGGUCCUCGUGGCCCCCCUGGUCCCCCAGGAAAACCAGGAGAUGAUGGUGAAGCAGGCAAACCUGGAAAGGGUGGUGAACGUGGACCUCCUGGGCCUCAGGGAGCUCGUGGAUUCCCAGGAACACCAGGUCUACCUGGAAUCAAGGGACACAGAGGUUAUCCAGGUCUUGAUGGUGCUAAAGGAGAGGCUGGAGCCACCGGGGCAAAAGGUGAGGGCGGGUCUCCUGGAGAAAGUGGUGCUCCUGGACCAAUGGGUCCACGUGGUUUACCUGGUGAAAGAGGACGUCCAGGACCAUCUGGAGCUGCUGGUGCUCGUGGGAAUGAUGGUUCACCCGGCGCUGCUGGUCCUCCUGGUCCAGUCGGUACGGCCGGAGCUCCUGGUUUCCCAGGAUCCCCUGGUGCUAAGGGUGAAGCAGGACCUACUGGUGCUCGUGGACCGGAGGGAGCACAAGGACCCCGUGGAGAGUCUGGCGUCCCCGGAUCUUCAGGACCUUCUGGAAUCUCUGGUAACCCUGGUAGUGAUGGCCUCCCUGGAGCCAAAGGAUCAGUGGGUGCUCCAGGUAUAGCUGGUGCUCCUGGUUUCCCAGGCCCUCGCGGCCCUCCUGGACCUCAGGGAGCGACUGGACCUCUGGGGCCGAAGGGACAGUCUGGUGAUCCUGGUCUCGCAGGGUUCAAGGGUGAGGCUGGUCCCAAAGGAGAAAUUGGUAACGCUGGGCCUCAAGGUGCCCCUGGCCCUGCCGGAGAGGAGGGUAAGCGAGGACCCAGAGGAGAGCCUGGUGCUCCUGGACCCAUCGGGCCAACUGGAGAGAGAGGAUCUCCUGGUAAUCGAGGUUUUCCUGGACAAGAUGGUCUGGCUGGUCCAAAGGGUGCUCCGGGUGAGCGCGGAGGUCCGGGAGUAUCAGGACCAAAGGGAGCCAGUGGCGAUCCUGGCCGGCCUGGAGAACCAGGUCUGCCUGGUGCAAGGGGUCUGACUGGACGUCCAGGUGAUGCUGGUCCACAGGGCAAAGUUGGUCCAUCUGGCGCUGCUGGUGAAGAUGGUCGUCCGGGACCCCCAGGCCCUCAGGGUGCUCGUGGUCAGCCUGGAGUGAUGGGAUUCCCUGGACCCAAGGGUGGCAAUGGUGAGGCUGGGAAGUCAGGAGAGAAGGGACUUGCUGGAGCUCCUGGUUUGCGUGGUCUGCCUGGUAAAGAUGGUGAGACGGGUGCUGCCGGACCCCCUGGACCUGCCGGUCCUGCUGGAGAGAGAGGAGAGCAGGGUCAGCCUGGACCCUCUGGCUUCCAGGGUCUACCCGGACCUCCUGGCCCCCCUGGUGAGGGUGGAAAACCUGGUGAUCAGGGUGUUCCAGGAGAGGCUGGUGCCUCAGGGGCGACCGGACCACGUGGUGAACGUGGUUUCCCAGGAGAGAGAGGAGGUGUAGGGCCACAGGGGCUCCAGGGGCCUCGAGGUCUUCCGGGAACUCCAGGAACCGACGGACCCAAGGGUGCCAUCGGCCCAGGGGGAGCUUCUGGUGCUCAGGGACCUCCGGGACUACAGGGAAUGCCUGGAGAGAGAGGGGCAUCUGGAAUUCCUGGACCAAAGGGUGACAGAGGUGACAAUGGUGAGAAAGGACCUGAAGGAGCUCCUGGGAAAGAUGGCGCAAGAGGUUUAACGGGUCCAAUUGGUCCUACUGGCCCGGCGGGACCCAACGGUGAAAAGGGAGAAUCUGGACCUGCAGGACCGUCUGGAGCUGCUGGUACUCGCGGUGUUCCUGGUGACAGAGGAGAGACUGGUCCUUUUGGUCCUGCUGGUUUUGCUGGUCCACCUGGUGCAGAUGGACAGCCUGGUGCUAAAGGAGAGCAGGGUGAAGGUGGGCAGAAGGGUGAUGCUGGUGCACCGGGUCCUCAGGGGCCUUCUGGAGCUCCAGGUCCUCAGGGACCAACUGGUGUGUCUGGACCAAAAGGGGCUCGUGGUGCUCAAGGACCACCUGGUGCCACAGGUUUCCCUGGAGCCGCUGGUAGAGUAGGACCUCCUGGCCCUAAUGGUAACCCUGGUCCUGCUGGUCCUGCUGGUCCUCCUGGUAAAGAUGGUCCAAAGGGUGUGCGUGGCGAUGGAGGUCCUCCUGGAAGACCUGGUGAUGCUGGAUUGCGUGGGCCAGCUGGGACUCCUGGCGAGAAGGGAGAUCCUGGAGAAGAUGGUCCUCCCGGUCCAGAUGGGCCAGCAGGUCCUCAGGGUCUGGCUGGGCAGCGUGGUAUUGUUGGACUUCCUGGACAGCGUGGUGAAAGAGGUUUCCCUGGUCUGCCUGGACCCUCUGGUGAGCCCGGUAAACAAGGAGCUCCUGGUGGACCUGGAGACCGUGGACCUCCUGGACCCGUGGGAGCACCUGGUCUGACAGGACCUGCUGGGGAAUCAGGAAGAGAGGGCAAUCCUGGGUCUGAUGGUCCUCCUGGCCGAGAUGGUUCUGCAGGAAUAAAGGGUGACAGAGGUGACACCGGUUCAGUUGGCGCUCCAGGUGCUCCAGGUGGUACUGGUGCUCCUGGUCCAGUCGGACCCACUGGCAAACAGGGAGACAGAGGAGAGGCGGGACCCAAAGGACCUGCUGGACCUUCAGGGCCCGCUGGAGCUCGGGGAAUGCCUGGCCCACAAGGCCCGCACGGAGAUAAGGGAGAGGCUGGCGAUUCAGGUGAGAGAGGACAGAAAGGACACAGAGGUUUCACGGGUCUUCAGGGUCUACCUGGGCCUCCUGGGCAACCUGGUGACCAAGGUGCUUCUGGACCUGCUGGACCUGGUGGAGCAAGAGGACCCCCAGGCCCUGUUGGCCCAGCUGGAAAAGAUGGAGCAAAUGGUUUGCCUGGACCCAUCGGACCCCCUGGACCUCGUGGUCGUUCUGGAGAGACUGGGCCAGCUGGUCCCCCAGGAAAUCCUGGUCCCCCUGGUCUUCCUGGACCACCAGGUCCUGGCAUCGACAUGUCUGCCUUCGCUGGUCUGUCUCAUCCUGAAAAAGCUUCUGAUCCCUUGGGGUACAUGAGGGCAGACCAAGCCGCCGAAGGUAACCGUCAAAAUGAUGCAGAGGUUGAUGCCACUCUGAAAUCCCUGAACAACCAGAUUGAGAACAUCCGCAGUCCUGAUGGUACUAAAAAGAGCCCAGCCCGGACCUGCAGAGACCUGAAACACUGCCACCCAGACUGGAAGAGCGGUGAAUACUGGAUUGAUCCUAACCAGGGCUGCACCGUUGAUGCUAUGAAGGUGUUCUGCAACAUGGAGACCGGCGAGACCUGCGUUUAUCCAAAACCCGCCAAUAUCCCACGCAAGAACUGGUGGACUACCAAGGGUGCUGAGCGUAAACAUGUUUGGUUUGGAGAAGCCAUGAAUGGUGGAUUCCAUUUUAACUAUGGAGAUGACAAUCUGGCACCUAAUACAGCAAGUAUUCAGAUGACUUUCCUAAGACUGCUGUCCACAGAGGCCUCACAGAACCUCACCUACCACUGCAAGAACAGCGUUGCCUAUAUGGAUGAGACCACUGGUAACCUGAAGAAAGCUCUGCUGCUGCAGGGAUCCAAUAAUGUGGAAAUCAAAGCUGAGGGCAACAGCCGCUUCACGUAUAGUGUUCUGGAGGAUGGUUGCAAGAAACACACAGGACAAUGGAGCAAGACGGUCAUUGAGUACAAAUCACAGCAGACUUCACGUCUUCCCAUACUGGACAUUGCACCUAUGGAUAUUGGAGGAGCAAAUCAGGAGUUUGGAGUGGACGUGGGUGCCGUCUGUUUCUUGUAAAGACAGAGGAACAGAUGAAACCUGGAUACAGAAAAAUUAAGAGAGACAACACACACUCGAGAGCGAGGAAUAACAAAAGAGAGAAACUAAAGAACUAGACAUUUUUAAGUGGGACAUCUUUAUGACUAGACAAAAAAGUGCUUCCGAAAGUAUUUUUUAGGAUAUGCACUGAUGGACACUAGCAGUACUCAUCUGUGACUGACCUGCCAUUCCUUGACUGGCAGACACUCUCCCAUCUACAGCGUCUCGUCACACACCCUCAGCACUCUGGGAACAUCUCACAAUCCAACGGAACGGUACAUAAGGGAGUAUGCCAGAGAAAAAGACAGAAGUAGAAAUGUGUCUUGGUUUUAUUUAUUUAUUGUUAAGGUGCUAUUUCCCCCCCUGUGCAUUCGAAUCAAGAGUUGUACAUCAGUGAGUCCCACACUAAGUAUUUUAGCAUUUUCAUCUAUAAUUAUUGGACUCACAUGCAUUUUACAACAGCCUGAAUCACAUGCAAGUGUUCGUCUUUCUUAUCACCACAGUGUAUGUAAAUUGCUGUGCAUUAAAACAUAAUCAAUGGUGCUUUAAAACACCCUGCAUUUUUUUCCAACGAUGAUAUAAUAGGCAUCUAAUUGUUUAUUUGUGCAUAUGUGUGCCACACCAUUCAAUGUACUUUUAAAAGAGCCCUUUCACAUAUGUGGUCUGUAGCCUAGUUUUGAAUUUUCUUUUUUAAGCUACCUCAUGCUAUAAAAAAACAUCACAGAAAAAGUACAACCCUACUAAUUAUUAAAGUCAGCAUUAUGCCAGACUGUGCUCUGGACAAAAUUCAAAAGAUAAAUUUAGUUCUGUUUCCUACUCCAUGCCCUAAACAAAUUUAGUCAAAUUACCUUCAAUUGGUCUCACAUCCUGUCCUAUGUAUAUUAUAGUGGAGAAGCUAAAAGCUGUCUUAUUGUUUUUAUUUUGUUUUUAAUGAAUGCAAAUUUUAAAAAUGUACAACCUAGAGAUUGCUUUUAUCCCCUUUUCCCCCUUCCAUUUUUUUUUUAAGUUUUAGAUGCAUUCUUAGACAUAUAGGGUAAGAGCCAGCUUCUUAAGGGUAAGAGCGCAUCAACCCAUCUUGCUUGCUUGUAUGUGUGUUGUGUUGCUUUUUAAAUUUGUCGAUUUUUUUUUUUUGCUAAAAUAAAAGGAUAGAACAUCUUUGUUCAGUUACAUAGUAUUGGGUUCCCGAGGUGGGUUGAUUUACUUUGUCUUUGUUUUCUUGGAAAAUAAAGAAAAAAUAUAGCAUCACAGCUUAAAAUAGUAAAAUAGUUCAUUAUGACAGUCAAUACACCUGUGUACAAAUAAUACAUUGUGCAGUAGUUUACAUAGUAUGAUCUGUCUGUCUGGUUAGUGUAUUUAUGUUUAGUAAAUUUCAACAUUUGUGCUCUGUUUGUCUAUGACUUUUUACCGUAGCAGCAACACAUAGAAUCAUUUCUAUUAAAUAAAUACAGUAAUGUUGGUA